AUGGCAUCUUCCUCUCAGCCAUCUGAGAAACUGAAAAUUAAGCAAGAAGAUGGUAGAGAUGUCAGAGCUAACAAGCCCCCAGUCCCUGAAAAUAAAAAUGCCUUACAUAAAAAGCCUGCUGAAGGUGUCCAGAGAAUAAAAGGCCAAGAGCAGGAUGAAUGCUCUCCUAAAGCUCUGCUGUGUGUAUUUGGGGGAGAAUUGCAAGCUGGAAGAAGAACUAUAAACAAAAUUCAUAAAGAAAGCUCUUCUGGAAAGGAGGAGCUGGGACCAGUGAACAACCUGGGAGAAUUUUCAACAGUAUCAAAAAGUAGAAGGCGAGAAAUUAGAAAACCUUCACAUCCUUUGGAAACUGCACCACAGGAAGAUAACAUGUCUGUCAAGCAAGACAAUAAAGAACCAUGUUGGGCAGGUGGACAUGUACCUGUAAUGUCAGGUUCAGGAGGGAAAGCAUCGAGAUCCAAGGAUGAAAAAAAUAUGCAACAGGCUCCCAACAAUGAGAAAACUGUUACAAAAACUUCUGGAGAUAGUGUUGAAGAAGAUUCCAAACCAAUGCUAGAUUCAAAGCAAAGUUAUAAACUAUCAAAACCUGAAUAUGAAUUGGAACCUCAACAGAUUUCCAACGUUAAGAAGACUGUUGCAGAAACAGGAAACAAAGCUACAUAUAGCACGAGAGAACUUUCCAAGACAGUGAUUACUUCCAAAUAUGUACAUACAGGAUCAAGGUAUCAAAAUGAACUUUAUCAAGGAUCAAAUGACUCACAUCUUCCAGUAAAAGAGAAAACAGAUGUUCAACAGAAUAAAAUGUUUUGGAAAGAAAAUUACGGACCAAAACACAGAUUUAAAAGCAGCUGUUCACAAAUUGGAGAGCACAAAAAUAUCCAAGUCUCUCCUACACAGUUAAGUAAAACCUCCAAUUGGAAUACUUUGGCUAGCCAAAGUAAAAAACAAUAUUGGAAAUCAGAAGCCCAUUGGAGAUUGGUCUCUGGAGAUUCAAAAUACGAAGGUAAAGAGACCAAGCAGAAUAAUAAUGAUCGGAAACCUUUUGUAAAUAGCUUUAGAACUGGCACAAAACAAAAAAACAUAGCAAAGGACAAAUGCAUUCCUGCCACUUUAUCUAAUGCACAAAGUGAAGCUGCAGAAAAGUUUGUGAACUUCCAGAAGACAGCUAUUGCUGAACCCACUCGAGAACCAGUGUUUACAGAUGAUUCAGAAACAGAUCAAAAGUGUACAGAGCACAAGAAAGAAUUUCCAUCUGAAAAUGAUAGGUCUAACAUGGAAGAUGGAGGACCACUGGUUACCUAUUCACAAGAAGAUUCCAUCCGUAAUCAUAAACUUUCAGAAAUGAUGGAAAUGUCAGCGUCAACAAUGGAAUUUGUAACCUAUCCUCCUCAUUUCUACAAUCAGAAAAUGAAUGAUUAUGCGAAACACCGGACAAGCAAUCCAAAGCCAACACAUUGUUUUACAAGAUCCACUGGAAACAUUUCAUAUUCCAAUAAUCUCUAUGAUGUUUCUUUAGAAAGAAGAACAAAUGCAGCAAGAGAUAAAAAACCUUCAGUGGAAAGGGUACAAGAUAAAACAUGGUCAUAUGGUUCUUUACAGGACUACAAAUGGGGAAAAAGACUCCAAAAUAUGGGAAGGGGAACAUAUGUCCCCAUCUUUUCUUCAUCAUUUAAGUCAGAUUCUUUCACUAAACAAUUCACUAAUUGUAUAAGCCAGGAUGUGCCUAUGAACUUUCCCAAAUAUUUAGAAGACGGCUUUAUUGACACACACUGCCAUUUGGACAUGUUAUAUUCAAAAACAUCUUUCAGAGGAACUUUUUCUGAAUUUAGGAAAAGAUACAGCAGCACUUUUCCUAAAGAAUUUCAGGGCUGCAUAGCUGACUUUUGUGACCCUCGUUCUUUAAGAAACAACUUAUGGGAAUAUUUAUUAAAGGAAGAUAUGGUUUGGGGGGCAUUUGGCUGCCACCCCCACUUUGCUUCUUAUUACACAGAUCAUCAUGAAAGAAAUCUCAUGCAGGCAAUGAGACACCCCAAAUCCAUUGCCUUUGGUGAAAUAGGACUGGAUUACUCUUAUAAAUGUCAUACAGAAAUUCCAAAACAGCAUGAGGUUUUUGAGAGGCAACUGAAUCUAGCUGUUUCUUUAAGGAAGCCAUUGGUCAUUCACUGCAGAGAUGCUGAUGGUGAUCUGUUAGAAAUCAUGAAAAAGUGUGUACCAAAAGACUAUAAAAUACACAGGCAUUGUUUCACUGGACGCUAUAGUGUCAUUGAACCAUUUUUAGAUUACUUCCCAAAUCUAAUGGUUGGAUUCACAGCAUUGAUGUCUUACCCAUCAGCAAAUGAGGCUAGAGACUCUGUUCGGAAAAUACCAUUGAACAGAAUAGUGGUAGAAACAGAUGCACCUUAUUUCCUUCCUCGACAGGUGCCAAAAUGUGUAAGCCAGUUUUCGCAUCCUGGAUUAGCUCUGCACACAGUGAAAGAGAUUGCCUGCCUCAAAGAAAUGUCAUUACCUGCCACUUUAGCUGUUCUAAGGCAAAACACCAACAAAAUAUAUGACUUGUAA